UAGCUGCGUAGUAGUAGAAUGAAUGGCCAGGGAAAGCACGAGACACUUGAACCUGAAAUUCAGAGCACGACACAGCUGGAUGAUGUGAAGCGGGUUUUUUUCUGUCACUAAAAAUAUUACUGAUUUUGAAAAGAAAAACAAAAACUAAUUUCAUCAUCUUAAAAAGCACAAUGGCACGAGGAGAGGGCGCGGAGCAGUACGCCGCGACUCUAUUAUCAGUUAAACCUAUAAAUACAGAGAUAAAGGCAGCAAAGCAGACGCGCCAUAGAAGUCGUCUGUCCGUGCUCAGCAAACUGUGCUAUGCCAUCGGUGGGGCUCCCUACCAGAUCACAGGGAGCGCUCUCGGCUUUUUCCUCCAGAUCUACCUGCUGGAUGUUGCCCAGUUGGAUCCUUUCUAUGCUUCUAUCAUCCUGUUUGUGGGCCGCGCUUGGGAUGCAGUCACAGACCCAACAGUGGGUUUCCUGGUGAGCCGGAGUAGAUGGACCAGCAUUGGCCGCAUGAUGCCCUGGAUCCUCCUCUCUACUCCCUUUGCUGUGUUGACUUACUUCAUGAUCUGGUACGUGCCUCCAUUUGAGGAAGGGAAGGUCAUCUGGUACCUGAUCUUUUACUGCCUCUUCCAGUCAAUGCAGACGUGCUUCCAUGUGCCCUACUCAGCCCUCACCAUGUUCAUCAGCAGCGAGCAGAAAGAGAGAGAUUCUGCCACCGCUUACCGUAUGAUGGUGGAGGUGCUCGGUUCGGUUUUGGGCACUGCCAUCCAGGGACAGAUAGUAGGUAGAACCCAAGAUUGCCCCACUGAGCCUGAUGCCCCAGACAGCAGAAACUCCUCAAUCAACACAUCCAGAGUUUCACUGGAUGAGACGAAACAAGCUUACCUGAUUGCUUCAGGGGUGAUAUGCAUCAUCUACAUCCUCUGUGCUGCAAUCUUGUUUUUGGGCGUCAAGGAGAAAAAAGACACCGGCCAAAAAAAAACAGAGCCCCUCACCUUCCGUCAGGGCCUGUGGGUGGUGAUGAGUCACGGACCGUAUGUCAAACUGGUCAUUGGCUUCCUCUUCACCUCUCUUGCCUUCAUGCUACUGGAGGGAAACUUUGCCCUUUUCAUCACAUACGCCCUCGGCCAUCGGAAAGACUAUCAGAAUAUUCUCUUGGUAAUCAUGGUGUCUGGCACUCUAACCAUCCCGUUUUGGCAGUGGUUCCUGACACGGUUUGGGAAGAAGACAGCAGUUUACUUCGGCAUGACGUGGGCAGUACCCUUCAUGAUCCUGAUCAUCUCCAUUAAGAGCAAUCUGGUCAUUUCCUACUUGGUCUCGGUGGCAGCAGGUGUGAGCGUGGCAGCAGCUUUCCUCCUGCCAUGGUCAAUGCUUCCUGAUGUCGUGGAUGACUUUAAGAUCAAGAACCCAGACAUUCAUGGUCAUGAAGCCCUCUUCUACUCCUUCUAUGUCUUCUUUAUCAAGUUUGCCUCUGGAGUAUCCUUGGGUAUCUCGACCCUCAGUUUAGAAUUUGCAGGCUAUGUGACCGGGGACUGCUCACAACCCGCGGCAGUCAGCUCAACCCUAAAGGUGCUGGUCUCUCCAGUGCCGGUGGUUCUUAUCGCCGUUGGGCUGUUAAUAAUCAAGACCUACCCUAUCGAUGAGGAAAGGAGGCAGUACAACCAAAAAAUACUGCAACGAAUGCUGGACUCUGAAGCAGAUUCUGAGUCUGAAACUUCAGCACUUGGGAGCAGCGUGUAGAAGCGGUAGCAUCACUGUUUUAUACGUUUGCACAGGCUGUGAAGAGGGACAAGACCACCAGCUAUCUGAACCAACAGAGGGACCACAGACCACAUUGCCGCCUUGCUGAGCCCACACGUUAGCCUUGGAUCACACAGGUGUAUUUCGCCCUCUACUGGCCAGGAAGUGUCAUGUGUGGGGCUCAAGUAUUUUCUGUUGUCCUCUCUAGCCAUGUCCCAAUUGAACUGUAUUUCCUAAGUAUGCACAAUAUAUAAAUCUUCACAGUUUAUUAUUGGGUCAUUUAGUGUAGAGCCAAAGUCCUGGGCUAGCUUCUGUUCUUCUUGAUUUCAGUUCGUCAUGUAUUUUUAAUUUCCCAACAGAGGUUUUCUUCUUUCAUUGUUCACUCUAAAAAGCUGAAACACACUACUGGGACCUGUCCAUAUUUUAACCUAAUGGGUAUCUACUACUGAACUGGACAGUAAAAUCUUACCACCUCAACAAUCUAACAAAGAAGAACAUGUUUUUUGUUUGCAUUUUCAACAGCCACAACUCUUGUAAAGACCCAUGAAAAAGACUUGUGGGAGCAGUAGUCGAGGUGGAAACUCAACAAAGAAAGCAGACUGUUUUCCAAAGAUUUGUUACUUUUUUUGUAAGCAGUCCUUUUCUUGUGUGCAUUGUGUUGUGGGACAAUGGUGUAUCAAUGACUUGGUUACACUACAAACUCAAAACCAGGUUAGAACAGGUUGCAAUUGGGACACAGCUUUUGAUUUGUGUUAUUGUCUGUAAAGUGUUUAUUUGCUGGUUUACAAGAUCAGGCCUUCACUUGUGCCGACUUCAUUGUAAUGUUACCUUUGAUGUUUACCAUGUCCAGUUCAGCUGGGAUUGACUUUCCAUUCAGACAGUGCUGUGAAGGAGAUAUACUCUAUCAGCCCUUAUAUAUAACGGGCAUACCAGCACUUUUCACUAAUCGGAGUUGUAUGGAGCUGUGCUACAAUGUCUACAUUUCUUAGGUGUUGUUGUUUCCUAUAGAUCACAUUAUGAAGACAAACAACUUUAAGUGUACUUGAAUUUUCUGAAGGGGAAAAGGCACUUCAUGGCAUGAUGUAGCCUACUGAAUGUAGGUUAUCUGAAUUACUGCCUUACAAACACAGCUUAUGUAAUUAUGUGCAAUGAGAUUUUCUGUUAAACUUGUUUGGUUUAUCUUAUUUUAUUCUUUUUGCUACUGCGAGGGUUUUCCCAUCACACCUUUUUGUGCUUUAACAUUUCAGCCAGUCUCCAUCAGGUUUAAUAUACACUUCUGAAUGUGCUUUACAGUGAAGUCAACUCCAUUAUGAAGUCAUUUCACCUAGCAUGUUCUCACUUCCCAAGGGAGGAAAAAACGCUUUAUUUAACUAUUUAUUUAAACAAACUAUCUAAGGGAUUCUAGUUUUCUUAUGAAAGCACAUGUGUAUAAUAAUUUAUUAACAGUUCAGAAUGGUAUACGGUUAUUGGUGGCUGCAACCGAGUGAUUCUCAAGUCCUGUGAAAAACAUUUUGAUCAUCAGAAUGAUGGAUUUUAUACACCACAACGUGCUGUAAUGUGAUAAAUGAGCUGCAUUUACAGUAUUAUGCAGGAGACAUUAGUCCUCACUUUAGAUGACAUGAUAUAAUCUCAAAUGAUUUUAAAUCCUUACUGGUUAUUAAGAUUUCAAAAAUGACCUAUAAAUCUUACUACCAGUACAUUCCUGCAUAGUUUUCAUUUUUAGGGCUUUGAAAUUGCACUAAGUAAACUGAAUGAAGCACACUGAUGAAGCACACACACUCCUUGGUAUUUAUAUGCUGCUGUAUGUAUAAAUUGUAAAUACUGUUUUCUAUGUUUGACCAUGAUGAGCAAUAUAUGAAUCAGUGAAGAGAUGAUGUGCUGUAAAUUUGUAAUUUAAGUCUAUGAAUAAAGUUUGUCAAAACAGUAAAAA